GCUGAAGCUCUGGCAGCCUGUUGUCCGAGUGUCCCUGUUCCACUUUAAAUGGUGCCGUGACCUCGCCCCGUUCGUUCCUAAAGCCGUUUUAUGGCGAAUCACGCCGCCGUCACAGCCUCCCGCUCCUCAGCCGCCGCCUUUGAAAGUGGAGUAAACUGUAAUGGCUCGAUCACCGACACUCCCAACACAACCCGUCGUAAAACGUUAUGCGGGGAUAAUAAAGGCUAAUAAAGGGUUUGGCGCGUGGCUGGUAAUGAAAAGCCUCGCGGGGCUGAGAGGGCUCCUCAUUCUCUCCCCUCGACUCCUCCUAACGUCUCACUUCCACAGCACUUUCAGCAGCGGCCGAGCGGGAAAACACGAACACUGCGCCCGGGCGCCGUCCAGCAGGGUCCAUUAGCGCUUUAAUCGGAGGAAUUUCACAGAAACAUUUCACCUUCAUUAAAGCGGUAAAUUAACUAGAAGACCGAGCAUGGAGGACCAGACGGCUUUACCCGCGAGAGCAUUGCUGGCCUUGGCCUUGCUGAUAGCUGUGCCAUGUUGUCUCUGUCUGGAUAAACUGAACAUGUGCAUGGAUGCCAAACACCAUAAAAAAGAACCAGGCCCAGAAGGGGAACUCUACAAGCAGUGUGCUCCUUGGCAUGAGAACGCAUGCUGCACUGCCAACACUUCAGCGGAAGCACACGAGGACAACUCUUACCUUUACAACUUCAACUGGAACCACUGUGGGUCCAUGAGUGAAAAGUGCAAGACUCAUUUUAUCCAGGACACGUGUUUCUAUGAGUGCUCUCCACAUCUGGGACCCUGGAUACAGCAGGUAGACAGCUCUUGGCGUAAGGAGCGUAUACUUGAUGUCCCGCUGUGUCUGGAGGACUGUGAGGGCUGGUACAAAGACUGCAAAGAUGACUUUACCUGCAAAGACAACUGGCACAUAGGCUGGGACUGGAGCUCAGGCGUAAAUCACUGCCCUAAGGACGCUCAGUGCCGCAAGUGGACCGAGGUCUUCCCCGACGCUAAGAGCAUGUGUGAGAAGAUCUGGACCAACUCCUACAAGUACACCACGCUCACCAAGGACAGCGGCCGCUGCAUGCAGAUGUGGUUCACCGGGCCCAACCCCAACAAAAAGGUUGCAGAAUACUACCUCAACCGAGCCCCUGAAACCGCCAUGGGCCUCACACUCUUCCUCGCGGUCAUUCUGUCGACACUCCUGCACUGAGAUCAAUAAAACAAAAGGGAAGGACAGUAAAAGGGUUCUGCUUUUUAUUGUGUUCGUAUGUCUCCCUGUUUAAUUCUGUUCAAAAUAACACAUAUUUAGAUAGAGAAUGUAGGCGAACUAUCUCUCUGAGGUAAAGCACAUUAGAGAACAGUGCAACUAAAUUAAAGAAAAUCAUGUUAUUUUGGGGGGAACUAGCUUUUUUACCACUAGGGGAGACGUAGUAAACAACACUGCAUUUUCCUUUCUAGCUACCAUCGGCAAAAUUGUGAAAUGUGAAGUGUCUGUUAGACAGAACUGUGUAAAAGAAUGAUGUAAUGUCACAGUUUACUAACAUUAAAUGUCUGUGUUGCUGCCUAA